AUGGGUCCACUGAGGUGUUCAUACAACAACCACGACAUCUACAACAGUUCCUACAACAACCACGGCAUCUACAACACAUCCUACAACAACCACGGCAUCUACAACACUUCCUACAACGACCACGGCAUCUACAACACAUCCUACAACGACCACGACAUCUACAACACUUCCUACAACGACCACAUCUACAACACUUCCUACAACGACCACAUCUACAACACUUCCUACAACGACCACAUCUACAACACUUCCUACAACGACCACGACAUCUACAACACUUCCUACACCGACCACGGCAUCUACAACACUUCCUACAACGACCACGACAUCUACAACACUUCCUACAACGACCACGGCAUCUACAACACUUCCUAUAACGACCACGGCAUCUACAACACUUCCUACAACGACCACGGCUUCUACAACACUCCCUACAACGACCACGGCUUCUACAGCACUUCCUACAACGACCACGGCAUCUACAACACUUCCUACAACGACCACAUCUACAACACUUCCUACAACGACCACAACUACAACACUUCCUACAACGACCACGGCAUCUACAACAGUUCCUACAACAAGCACAUCUACAACACUUCCUACAACGACCGUGGCAUCUACAACAGUUUCUACAACGACCACAUCUACAACACUUCCUACAACGACCACAUCUACAACACUUCCUACAACGACCACGACAUCUACAACACUUCCUACAACGACCACGGCAUCUACAACACUUCCUACAACGACCACGACAUCUACAACACUUCCUACAACGACCACGACAUCUACAACACUUCCUACAACGACCACGGCAUCUACAACACUUCCUACAACGACCACGACAUCUACAACACUUCCUACAACAACAACGACAUCUACAACACUCCCUACAACGACCACAUCUACAACACUUCCUACAACGACCACAACUACAACAUUUCCUACAACGACCACGGCAUCUACAACAGUUCCUACAACAAGCACAUCUACAACACUUCCUACAACGACCAUGGCAUCUACAACAGUUUCUACAACGACCACGACAUCUACAACACUUCCUACAACGACCACGGCAUCUACAACACUUCCUACAACAACCACGGCAUCUAG